AUGGCCGUGUCCUCAGUUUCUAAGGUGUCCGCGUCGGAGGUCGAGGAGUGCGUCGACUCUGCCCCCAACGAGUGGGGUUUGAAUAUGCCCCUGGUCACGGAGGGUGUUGUGGAUGAUCCAGGACUACUUGAUGACCACUCGUCGCUCCUGAACGCCGGUACGUGUGCACGAUGGUACGGCGUCCGAAUUGCUUCCACGUCUGGGGACGACUCGUCACCACACCUUAGCACCGACCGCAUGCUAGACGGGAGGUUUCCGCGUCCCACCCCUCUGUCAGUUGUUUUCAUGCACACCACCAUGUUGAUUUCUGGGUUGAAGCGCUGCUCCGCUUUGAUGCGAUGA